AUGGAAUAAGUAGAUUUACAAAGCGACAAAUCAAUGAUCUUUGAAAUAGGUUUGCUUUAAAAUAUUAUUACAAUUACAUUUAUAAACAUACUCACCGGCUUAAAUUUGAAAAAUCACAGCAUUACCUGUAAGAAAAAAUGGCUAAAAGGUCCGCUUCGGCUGCAUUCGACACCGAAGAACCGACUCAAACAGUGCGGGAUGGGAAAAAGCACUCAUUAGACUCUGAUGAAGAAGACAGUGGUGCAGAAGAAGAAAGAAAAAACGUACUUAAUGCUGAUGACAUUGAAGGAGAAGAGGAAGGAGUAGCGGGAUUGGAAGGUGAAAUCACAAUAACCCCCUUCAACAUGAGGGAAGAACUUGAGGAAGGACACUUUGAUACAGCAGGGCACUAUCAUUGGAAGAAGGAGAAAGAGGUUCGUGAUGGCUGGCUUGACAACAUUGAUUGGGUGAAGGUUAAAGGUCGGCCUGAAGACAAAUACAAAGUUCACAAAGAUGGUGAUGAUCCUUAUGAAGAUUCAGAUAGUGAUGAUGGUGUAGUUGAAGAAAAAUUUGAUAUAAUCAGUAAUUAUAAAGAAAUUCUACAGCAUAUGAAGCCAAAAGAAACUAUUGCAAAAACAAUACAGCGCCUUGGUGCAAGUUCAAAAGUAACAAGUGCGGAGCGCUGGAAACGAAAAAAAGCAGGCAUUGUUGAUGAAGGUAGCCAAACUGUUACAAGAAUAACUGAACUUGCCAAUCAAAUAUUAACCAAAACCGGGAACAUGGAUAUAUAUCAGGAAACAUAUGAGAAAAUCAGCUCUAUAAUUAACAAAGAUAAUAAGAAAAAGGAUGAUUCUGAAUUAGAUAUGUAUGCUGACGAUUUUGAUCAGAAAGAAAAAGAAAGUAUGAAUAAAAGUGUACCAUCAGAAAAUAAUGAAGAUGAUGGACCUGAAGAAGUUAAAUGGGAAUUUAAAUGGAAACAAGACGAUGAUGAGUUAUCAGGACCUCAUUCCACAGAACAGAUGCACAAGUGGUCUUCCGAGGGUUAUUUCAAAAGUGGUGUAUGGGUUCGGAGACAUGGCAAAGAAAGUCAGUUUUAUAGUUCCAAUAGAAUGGAUUUUGAGCUUUAUAUGUGAUCUACAUUGUUAUUAAUUUUAAGGAAAAUAUACAUAUUAU